CAAGUCUAGACUUAAUCUAACAAUAUCUUAACUUAGACCUUCAAAUACAUUCGUUUCUGUUUUUAUAUAUGAAAUUGUUUGAAUGUCAGGAGCUAAUUGGCACACUUCGAUAUAAUAAUGCCAACUCCUACCGUGAAGCUCUUCUCUAAACAGGAACAUGGUCACCUGUUGCCGGCCAUUGCUGCUCUCCAUGCAGCUUGCAUUGUGCAUGACCAUACUAUCGCUACGUUUCUGCCACCUCUAGAAAACUCGAAAAUCCAGACAUUCUGGGAGGGCAUAGCAAGAGAAGUUGAUUUGGGAACGCGGUUUGUCUGCAUUUUGCUCAAUGAAUCUGAGCCGGGCACCAGGGCCAAGGAGUCUGAACUCGUUGGGGUUGUCACACUGAGCAUGCCGUUCAGCGAGACUGGGUCUUUUCGUGGAUUUGUAGAGAAGCUUUUCGUCAGUCCAACUUAUCGAGGGCGAGGCGGAGCUAGAGCUUUAAUGUGCCACAUGGAAGCAGAGGCGUUGAAGAGAGGCAAGACGUUGAUGUUACUAGACACGGAAAUCGGAAGCCAGGCCGAGAGUGUAUAUCCGAAACUAGGGUAUACGGAGGCUGGUAGAAUACCUAGAUACGGCAUCAGCCCCGUGGGAGGACUCAAAGACGAGGUAUUCUAUUACAAGCAUUUGCAAUAAAGGGGAAGCUAUACCUACCUAAGUUACUGAGUUGCGUGAUUUCCAACUACGCAAGUACCUGAACUAUACUCUCUAAAGACUUGUGUCUAGGGGGUUUUAAUUUUACAAACUACCUAACCUAAGGUAGGUAAAUAGAAUAUAGAGGCUGCUUAGCUGUUGGCCUGUUACGACUCUACAAUGUAUUUUAGGUAGGUAUAACCAUUGGUAGAUUGGACAAGCUUAUCUGAACAACAUAGUAUUCGAAUUACUGUCGAAUUGUAGUAUA